AUGUUUACCUCUCGCAUCGUCAUCGCAGGCUUCAUCGCUGCAAGCACUGCGUCCAUCAUCACUGAAGAGCAACACUUCGCUACUCUACUCAAGCGCCAGGCUCCUGGAUCCCCAGAGUAUGCCUGCCACGACAACUGCGGAACCGCAAUCACGGUGUCCAAAGCCGGCGGCGACUACUGCACCGAUGAAGUCUUUCUGUACGACUACAACAACUGCCUCCAAUGCGCCGGUCCUGACAACGUCGAUAUCUGGAAGUACUACGGCGGCUCGCUUACCACCGCGGCAGGCAAGUGCAGCGGUCUUGACACCGAGCCCAAGAGCGGGAAGCAGGAUGAUGUAGGCGACGCGAAGCACCCCGGUGACAGCACCGGCGCGAGCUCAGCAGCUUCCUCUUCCACUCCUACUUCGACCGCUGAGGCGGUCAGCGAGCCAGCGUCUUCUGCCGCCGAGGCAGUGACCGACGCGCCAUCUUCUUCGGCAGCUGAAGCUACUGCUACUGCUAGCGAGGCCUCCUCUGCAGCGGCGAGCUUGAGCUCUGCUGUUGAGUCUGCGGUGAGCUCUGCGGUUUCUUCGGUUUUAGAGACAGCUACGGCUGUUCCUGUCCCUAGCGUUUCUGGUGCACCUUAUGCUACUGGUAAUGGAACGACCAAUGGAACUUCCCCUACUGCUUCCGCUCCUACUGGGCAGUUCACGGGCGGUGCCGAGACCGUGCAGGUGCGCAAUGUCGUUGCUUUGAUCGGGGCUGUUGCGGCUUUUGGGGCUUUUUACUGA